ACUCACUGGCACUCAUAUAUUCCGCAAAGCGUAGCUGGCAAGAUUGAUCCAAAGGGGAUUCCGUAGUUCUGAGCGAAGGCAGUUGUUAGGCUACAGUGCUACAUAAAUGAUAGUUAACAGCCGUUUGUCCGCAAACAUUUGAAACAAUUUGUAGAAGAAAUACCGUAAUUAAUGUUAUUUUUUGUAGCUAUGCUGUAGCUAAGUUUAUGUUGUACGCAGAAGGUAAUUUCGUGUAAUUAGCUCACCUAGCAGAAACGUGUGCUGUAGGUUGCUUGCUAGCUAGCUAGCUAGUUAGCUAACGUCAUAAGAAGAAAAUCGGAAUCUAACGCGGUGGUCAGUUGACAAAAGGAGCCGCUGCUGUCAGUGAAAUAAACCACCUGCUUUGCCACAAUGAAUAUCGCUAAAAGUGGUUAUCGCGUCUUUUCCGCAAACUCCUCCGUAGCAUGCACAGAAUUGGCAAAGAAGAUAACCGAGAGGCUGGGAGUUGAACUGGGGAAGUCUGUGGUCUUUCAGGAAUCUAACAGAGAAACUAGAGUGGAUGUGAAAGAAUCGGUUCGCGGACAAACCAUCUUCAUCAUCCAGACCAUACCCCGAGAUGUUAACACAGCCAUCAUGGAGCUGCUGGUUAUGGCCUACGCCCUCAAGACCUCUUGUGCAAAGAACAUCAUUGGAGUCAUUCCUUACUUCCCCUACAGCAAACAGUGCAAGAUGAGAAAGAGGGGCUCUAUAGUGAGCAAGUUGUUAGCGUCAAUGUUAGCGAAAGCAGGAAUAACACACAUCAUCACCAUGGACUUGCAUCAAAAAGAGAUCCAGGGCUUCUUCAGCUUUCCAGUGGACAACCUGCGUGCCUCCCCUUUCCUGAUUCAGUACAUCCAAGAAGAGAUUCCUGAUUACAGAAAUGCCAUCAUUGUGGCAAAGUCUCCAUCAGCAGCUAAGAGGGCUCAGUCCUAUGCAGAACGCCUGCGUUUGGGUCUGGCUGUGAUUCACGGCGAGGCUCAGUGUUCAGAGUCUGACAUGGCUGAUGGAAGACACUCUCCUCCAUGUGUCCGCAACACCACAGGACAUACAGGACUGGAGCUGCCUUCAGGCAAACAACAAGCUCCGUUCCCUGGCAUAGAGCUCCCAAUAAUGAUGGCCAAAGAGAAACCUCCCAUCACUGUAGUCGGAGACGUGGGGGGGAGGAUUGCCAUCAUUGUGGAUGACAUUAUUGAUGAUGUCGGAGACUUUGUAGCAGCUGCAGAGAUCCUGAAAGAGAGAGGAGCCUAUAAGAUUUAUAUCAUGGCCACACACGGCUUACUGUCUGCUGAUGCGCCACGCCUUAUCGAGGAAUCCGCCAUUGAUGAGGUGGUGGUGACCAACACAGUCCCUCAUGAAGUACAAAAGCUACAGUGUCCCAAAAUCAAGACUGUGGAUGUCAGCAUGAUAUUGGCCGAGGCCAUCCGCCGCAUCCACAACGGCGAGUCCAUGGCCUACUUGUUCCGCAACAUCACCACGGACGACUAAAGAGCGUCGGAGAGGGUGAGGUGGGUGUGAUAGUGACUGAAGGCAGGUGCAUUUCUUCCCUGUGCUGUAAAAACAUGCUCAUGCCAUGUUCCAUGUGUUGUGUACGUCAAGGACUACAUGUAUCCGAAUUCAUUGAAAGAAGUUUAGAUAGUAAGAACUACCCAAAGUUAUUUAACGACUUGUCAAAAGGUGUAAAACAAUUUUUUUUUUUUAAGUUGAGAAAAAGAUGAUAAAAUGGCAUUUUUUAAAUACCUUUUGAUUCAUUCAUUCAUAUUUUGAAAGCCUCUCUUUGUCUCGCUGCUCCAACUUUAACAAAAAAAUGCUUUGUAUUAAAUAAUUAUUUUGUCAUACACUGCGGUACCUCAUCUAAGGAUUGAGCUUCAACUGCAAAAGAGAAGAGCAAAAUGUCUCCCGUAACAGGACUUUGUGCUUAAACAAGCGUUUCCCAGACGCUCUUGCUGGCCCUCAUGAUCAGGGCUGCUCAGCGUCAUCCUGUGAUGUCUUUGCGUUUAAUGGAGUGUGUUGUUUCCAACCACGUAGACAACACUGGACAAACUCCUGCUUAUUGGUGCACAAACUCUAUUUUUUGCAGCUUUUUUUGCACCAUUUGUGAUAUUUGGAUGCUUGGUAAAAUGUCUUGUGUGACUGAAGAAGGUUCUCAACACCAGUAGAAAUGUAAUGGAUUGACAUUUGAUGUUGUGUAUAUAUUAGGAGGUCACGUCAACGAAAUUAAUCCAAAAAUAUAUUUUCUCACUUUCUCUUAGAGAAUAUACUUUUGGUUUAAUGCUUGUUGAUUUGAGGAACUGCUCCUUUUUUAGCUUCCUGCUGUUAUAAUGAAGGUUAAUGUAAUUUCAUUUAUGGUGCCAAGUGUAAUGUGGGGCUCAAAGAAUUGUAAAAGGAACUAGAUGUUCACAGCGAGAUCAUCCUGAGUAACUUGGACGUCAUUUCUUAAAAAGGCGAGUAUUUAAAAGAUUUGAACGCCGCAAAUGAAAUUCCAUUCACUUCCAUUGAAUUGAAUCUGUAGCACGAAAUCUAACGUGGUGACGCAUCAUAGCAGUCAGUGGGAUUCUUUUCUUUAAGUUACAUUAUUAUUAUUUUGUUAUUUGGAUAGACAGACCCGUUUUUAAUAUGCGCUAUCUCUCUAGCAGUAAACUGAACAUGCUUGUUCUAGUGUCAGUGUAAUCUGACGGUGACAUCACACUGCAUGGGAUUUACUCAAAAAGCCGAAAGGACCAUCUCUGUUGCAGCCAAUGAAUUACAAACUAUGAAUACUGAACAUUACUGCUGACGUCAUGAGUUUGAGUUUUGGACUCGUGUACUACAUGCGUUAAAGAAACCAACGAUGGAAGUCUUGAAACUCGAGUGUAACGGCAGCACUUGAAUGCACCAGAUAAGUGGACUUCUGAGUUGAUCUGUGCUUUAGGUGCAUUACUUUACUAUGACAACUUUGAACAAAAUUCAAUAUGGGUGGCUCUUGAAUAGUUUUUUGUAUUGUGCUAAAGUGAAUGGAACCUGACGGCUUCUUGGAAGGUAGAGAAAUAUCCAGCAGUAAUGUCAAAUCUGCAGUUUUUAGUACAUUUGCAAAAACGGCAGUACGGUCGAGAUGUUUGUCUUCAUACUACUGCAGCAUUUCCCCAUAAAAACGUGCAUCUUUUUGUGCUCGGAGUACAUUUCAAAGUGAAAGGAAAUGUGUGUGUCAGGGAAAUGUACUUAAAAAGCCAAUACACAAUUAUUUGUUUCUGUGUUUAUGAUGGUUUGUUUCCAUUUCAUAUGUUGAAAAAGUGUCUUUUUUUUUACUGUUUUAUUGUUUUAAUUCUGGAUACUGGAUUUCUCCUGAUGUGCUAAUGGAUGGGUAUCUGAGAGCUAGAUCCACACGCCUGGUGUUGUGUUGGCACAGAUUUUAAGCUUGUCAAUAUCAAACGCUGUUGCUAUGCAGGCUCAAAGGUUGUCUGUCGUUGGUGCGUUUCAUCACGUCGUCUCUGUAUUCACUGUUCCGCUGACUUGUCUGUGAUGUUGAACACGUAUGAUUUAGACUCUACACACUUCUGUCUAACUUGUUUGUCAAUGUGUAUGAAAAUAAAACGAUUGCCUCUU